AUGCAAUGCUUAUUUAUAAAUUGAACAUCUCCACUAACAUCUGUCUGUCAGUGUUACUGGGUACGUUGACGAAAUCCGAACUUACAAGCUUUUCAAAAUCUCCGGCGACUCUCCGAUGACUUCUCCGGCUAGGGUUGAGGAAACAAGAAAAGAUGAGGCAGAUUCUUCAAAUCUUCGUCAACGCAUUCUCAAUGUGGCUCCCAUCAAUAGCAUGCCAUAUAUUGGUCCACCUCUACCACACAGCUACAUUCCUUCUUCUCCACGAGUUGAAGAUCCAGAAGCUAUGGUGAAGGUUGGGCCAGCUAUGGUAUAUUGUCCUCUCACAACCAGUCAAGAGUGGGAUGAUAUUGUAUCUGCCACCAAAACUGGGAUUUCCCUCACUGGGACUGCAGCCAUGGGAAAAGUUGGACCAGUCAUUGGACGUGUGGACAUCGGUGAGAACGAGAAUUCAUACUUCUUCCGCGUUUCUCUUCCAGGGGUGGCUAGAGAUCAAAACAGUUUCAGUUGUGACAUGGAACCUGAUGGGAAAGUGAAAAUAAAAGGAGUAACAACAACAGGGGAGAAGAUAGUAUGUAAGAAUUCGCAAGUAUUUCGGAUGCAAUCGAAAAAUCUAUGUCCACCAGGUCACUUCUCUAUCACUUUCCAGCUACCCGGCCCUGUCAAUAACCUGCAAUUUUCAGGUGCUUUUGGUGCAGAUGGGAUUUUAGAAGGCACUGUAGCCAAAAGGUGAUUAGCAGGCUUAAAUGAUUUGUUAGGGGGGUCAAAAUACUGAGAUGAUUGUUGACUCAUUUUGGUUUGUUGUUUAGGAAAAGGCCUUUUCUGUGGAUAACUAUUCAUUAGGAAAUAUGGCCUAUUAGGAAAGAUGUUAACUCAUUUUUUUUCUCUGUCAUUCCUUUAGAAGGAGAUGCUUUGAAAGGAUCAGCUUAAUUUUCUCGACCAAGCUCCCAGAAAAACAUCACAAUGAUAUGGAAUUUGUAAUUUUGUUAAAAGAUCUGUUGUAUAGAGAAUUAAGUAGUGCCUAGUUCAUUUUA